ACAAGUAUUUGUGGAACUCAAUACAUUGGUAGAUGACACCUAUCAGCCUUUGGACAAAGGUUGCAAUGAGCUUUUCAGAAUUAUGGCAGAGAUGAGGACAGAUAUUGAGAGUAUGCAACACAGCCUUGCGAAGGAAGCUAUGACAUCACCAUCGAUCGACGCCAACAAAGCAACAUCGAUCGACGUCAAGCCACACAUAUCCCGAAUCCAUGCAAAGCCAGAAAGUUUGGCAAAGAAGAAGGAUGAAUGGGAGAUCGCAUACAUCAACACGAGGAUUAACGACGUAUACAACCCUCUCAACAACAAUGUGGACUGGUUAAGUACGAGAAUUGAUCUGCUACAGCAAGAUUUGGACAUCAUUCGCAAGAAGGAUCCACAACUAGCCACAUCGAUCGAUAUCUUCACCGUCACAUCGAUCGACAGAAAGUUCGCAGCCAUGGAAGACAGGUUAAAAUCUUAUGAGGAUAUGCACGACCGUUUCACCUCAUCUAUCAUGCGAUACUUGGACACCUUGUCUACACAGAUGAUGAAUGUCCAGAGGGACAUUGGUAAGCUUAAUGAUCAACAUGAUUUUCAGGAAGAAUGUUCGACAUCGAUCGAUAGGUUCCGCAGGGUAUCGCUCGACGGCAAGAAACCUACAGAACAUCUUCCCUACACAGCAGCAUAAUUUGAUCAGAUCACAUCAAAGCUUUACACAGCUAUAAAACGAUUUGAGAAGCGGUGUGAUGACAUCUACUUUCCAUUCAACGUCAGACUCAGUGAACUGGAUAGCCAAGCAUAAUGGUUCCAGAAGGAAGUCAAAGCCAUUCAGAGGCAACUCGCAUCUCAACACCAGAUAUCAGCAUCGAUCAACAGAGCACGCUCCAUAUCGAUCGACAGUACUACACCAGCAACGAUCGAUAGACACCUGGUCGCAUUGAUCGAUACCACGUCUACACCAGACGAUGAGCAGCUGAUACAAAAAAAAAUGGAGUCAAUGCAUGCAUGAGGAACUGAACGAGCUAUCAGCAUACGCCCACGACAAGAAAGUAUGGCAUCAGUUCAGCAUUGAAGACAUCCUAGAAAGGCUACAGAUAAUCUCAAAUGCAAUACAGAAGAUGGAUGAGAGAUGGACCAGAAAUGAUGAGACAACAAGAAGUUUCAUUGCAGCUUGGUCCAGAAUGUGUAGAUAUGAGGUGGAUGCUUGUUUCCCAACAAGUAGCUGUCUUUCCACCAACUAGCCACAUAAUUCCAUAGUCAAGCUAAAAGACUAUAACAAAGCGCUGAGUGGGAGGCAACCCACUAUUAGGUAUUUUAGUUUGGUUUUAUUAGCUAGCAUUUAUUUACUUUCGUUUUAUUUCUUUCAGAUUUAGGAGACCCAAGUAGGAGGACCUGAAUAUCGACCGCCGACGAGACGUCGACAUCGCUCGACAUAGAGAACCACACGAC